AUGCCUUUUAAAGCAUUUGAUACUUUCAAAGAAAAAUUUGUGAAACCUGGAAAGGAAGGAGUGAAGAACGCUGUGGGAGAUUCGUUGGGAAUUUUGCGAAGAAAAAUUGAUGGGACCAAUGAGGAAGCAGAUAAUAUUGAGCUGAAUGAAGAAGGAAGGCCAGUGCAGACGUCCAGGCAGAGCCCUCCACUCUGUGACUGCCACUGCUGUGGUGUCCCCAAGCGUUACAUCAUUGCCAUCAUGAGUGGGCUGGGAUUCUGCAUUUCCUUUGGGAUUCGCUGCAAUCUUGGAGUCGCCAUAGUGGAAAUGGUCAACAACAGCACUGUAUAUGUUGAUGGAAAACCGGAAAUUCAGACAGCACAGUUUAACUGGGAUCCAGAGACGGUGGGCCUUAUCCACGGAUCUUUCUUCUGGGGUUAUAUUGUGACACAAAUCCCAGGUGGAUUCAUUUCAAACAAGUUUGCUGCUAACAGGGUCUUUGGAGCCGCCAUCUUCUUAACAUCGACUUUGAACAUGUUCAUUCCUUCUGCAGCCAGAGUGCAUUACGGCUGUGUCAUGUGCGUCAGAAUUUUGCAAGGUCUAGUGGAGGGUGUGACCUACCCAGCCUGCCAUGGAAUGUGGAGUAAGUGGGCACCACCUUUGGAGAGAAGUCGACUGGCCACAACCUCUUUUUGUGGUUCCUAUGCGGGAGCAGUGAUUGCCAUGCCCCUGGCUGGGGUGUUAGUACAGUACAUUGGAUGGGCCUCUGUCUUCUACAUUUAUGGUAUGUUUGGGAUUAUUUGGUACGUGUUUUGGCUGUUGCAGGCCUAUGAGUGUCCUGGAGCUCACCCAACAAUAUCCCAUGAGGAGAGGACCUACAUAGAGACAAGUAUAGGAGAAGGCGCCAACUUGGUUAGUCUGAGUAAAUUUAAUACACCGUGGAAAAGAUUUUUCACAUCAUUGCCGGUUUAUGCAAUCAUUGUGGCAAAUUUUUGCAGAAGCUGGACCUUUUAUUUGCUGUUAAUAAGUCAGCCUGCUUAUUUUGAAGAGGUCUUUGGAUUUGCAAUAAGUAAGGUGGGCCUCUUGUCAGCAGUCCCACACAUGGUUAUGACCAUCGUUGUUCCUAUUGGAGGACAAUUGGCUGAUUAUUUAAGAAGCAGAAAAAUUCUGACCACAACUGCUGUCAGAAAAAUCAUGAACUGUGGAGGUUUUGGCAUGGAGGCAACCUUACUCCUGGUGGUUGGCUUUUCCCAUACCAAAGGGGUGGCUAUCUCCUUUCUGGUGCUUGCUGUAGGUUUUAGUGGCUUUGCUAUUUCAGGUUUUAACGUCAACCACCUGGACAUUGCCCCCCGCUAUGCCAGCAUUCUCAUGGGCAUUUCAAACGGAGUGGGAACCCUCUCUGGAAUGGUCUGUCCCCUCAUUGUUGGUGCAAUGACAAAGCACAAGACCCGUGAGGAAUGGCAGAAUGUGUUCCUCAUAGCUGCCCUAGUGCACUACAGUGGCGUGAUCUUCUACGGGGUCUUUGCUUCUGGGGAGAAACAGGAGUGGGCUGAUCCUGAGAACCUCUCUGAGGAGAAGUGUGGAAUCAUUGACCAAGAUGAAUUAGCUGAAGAGACAGAACUCAACCACGAGAGUUUUGCAAGUCCCAAAAAGAAGAUGUCCUAUGGAGCUACUACUCACAAUUGUGAAGUCCAGAAGAAGGAAUGGAGGGGACAGAGAGGAGUGACCCUUGAUGAGGAAGAGGUGAUAUCCUACCAGAAUGAAGAAGGAAACUUCUCAGAUACAUCCUAA